AUGGCGUCAGAUACGGCGACGCAAACCAAGCGCCAAAAAAAGGCAGCCAGGUUCCGCGCAAAGCAACGAGGUGAUGCCGAAAAAGAUACUACUACAGUCUAUGAUACGAAUGAGUUCCCAACUGAUGUGUCCACGCCGGCCCUUCCAUCGGAGCCUUUGACGAACGAUGCAGCGUCCGCUCCCGAGACCAAGACCAAAACCAAAGCCAACACCUCUGCAAAGAAAAUGACAUUUGACGAAGAAGGUAUUGCACAUGAAACUAGUAUCCCUCCCGUUGAGUCGAAGGAAGAAUCCAAGGACACCGCGGGCAAGUACAUUGUUUUUGUAGGCAAUAUGUCUUACGACGUGACCGCUGAGAUGUUGGCCAAGCAUAUGCACACUACUUGCGGCGAGCUGCCUAAAGUCCGUCUCCUUACCAAGAAAGGCGAUCCUACUGCCUUGGAGAAACUGUCCAACUCGAAAAAGAAAUCCAUUGCGAAGGGCAAAGCGAAGGACCCUUCAGCCCCCGUGUCGAAAGGCUGUGCGUUUGUCGAAUUCACGAGCUCCACGGCGAUGCAGAAAGCACUUCGAUUCCAUCAUACCAUGUUCCAAGGUCGGCAAAUCAAUGUUGAGCUUACGGCUGGCGGUGGUGGCAAGAGUCAGCACCGUCGUGAGAAAAUCAAAGCGAAGAACGCCGAACUCGAGAAGGAACGACGCAAACUCCACGAGAAGUAUGUCAAGCCUGAAGCAGAAGCCCAGAAGCGGAAGCAAGCCGAGAAGGAGAAGGAAACAAGUACCCCGACUGCCCAUUGGGGACCAUCGCAAGAAAAAGAGCGACCCGCCAAGCGCGCCAAGUUCGCUAGUGGCGCGAAUGCUGUGCGUCUUGGAUGA